CAGAAGCAGAAGCAGAAGCAGAGCUCUCUCAUCCACUACUGAUUAAUUAGAGAUGACGUCAUCAUUCCUGCUGGCGUUGGUGUGCGCCGCCGCGGUGGCUCUGGCGGCUGCGCCGGCGGUCGUGGCGCAGAACUCGCCUCAGGACUACGUGAACGCCCACAACACGGCGCGCGCGAACGUCGGCGCGGGUCUGCCGCCGGUGUCGUGGGACAGCCGCGUGGCGACGUACGCGCAGAACUACGCGAACCAGCGGGCCAGGGACUGCCAGCUGGUGCACUCAGGCGGGCCCUACGGCGAGAACAUCUUCUGGGGAUCCGGCCGCGACUACACGGCGGCGGACGCCGUGAGGGCCUGGGUAUCGGAGCGGCAGUACUACGACUACGCCAGCAACACCUGCGCCACCGGUCAGGUGUGCGGCCACUACACGCAAGUGGUGUGGCGGUCGUCGACGGCGAUCGGCUGCGGACGCGUCCGGUGCGACAGCGGCGCCAUCUUCAUCAUCUGCAACUACAAUCCCCCCGGCAACUUCAUCGGCGAAAGACCGUAUUAGCCAUAAUUACAAUAAUAAUGAAGAAUAGUUAAUAAUAAUAAAUAAGGCCUAGAAAUAAUUAAGAAUAAAUAAUAUGUUUGUGUGUUUUCUGGCCAUGAAAUGAAAUAAGAAUAAACGUGAUGAACUGAAAAACAUGAUUAAUGAUAUGGUUUCAUACUGUAGAUUAAUUUAUUUAA